AUGGCGGACGAGGACGGGGAAGGGAUUCACCCGUCGGCCCCUCACCGGAAUGGAGGCGGCGGCGGCGGCGGCUCGGUGCUGCACUGCGCCGGGAACGGCGGCGGCGGCCCUCGGGUCGUCCGCAUCGUCAAGUCCGAAUCCGGCUACGGCUUCAACGUGCGGGGCCAAGUGAGCGAGGGCGGCCAGCUGCGGAGCAUCAACGGGGAGCUGUACGCGCCGCUGCAGCAUGUGAGCGCCGUGCUGCCCGGCGGCGCGGCCGACCGGGCCGGCGUGCGCAAGGGGGACCGCAUCCUGGAGGUGAACGGCGUGAAUGUUGAGGGGGCGACACACAAGCAGGUGGUGGACCUGAUCCGAGCAGGCGAGAAGGAGUUGAUCUUGACAGUGCUGUCAGUCCCUCCUCAUGAGGCGGACAGCCUAGAUCCCAGUGAUGACUCCUUGGGACAAUCCUUUUAUGAUUACACAGAAAAGCAAGCAGUGCCCAUAUCGGUCCCCACAUACAAACAUGUGGAGCAGAAUGGUGAGAAAUUUGUGGUGUACAAUGUUUACAUGGCCGGCAGGCAGCUGUGUUCUAAACGGUACCGGGAGUUUGCCAUCCUGCACCAGAAUCUGAAGAGAGAGUUUGCAAACUUUACAUUUCCUCGACUACCAGGAAAAUGGCCAUUUUCAUUAUCAGAACAGCAAUUAGAUGCCCGGCGUCGGGGCUUGGAGGAAUAUCUAGAAAAAGUGUGUUCGAUCCGAGUUAUUGGUGAGAGCGAUAUCAUGCAGGAAUUCCUGUCAGAAUCAGAUGAGAACUACAACGGUGUGUCUGAUGUAGAGCUGAGAGUAGCACUGCCAGACGGAGCAACGGUUACUGUCCGAGUGAAAAAGAACAGCACGACAGACCAAGUGUACCAGGCUAUUGCAGCAAAAGUGGGCAUGGACAGUACAACAGUGAAUUACUUUGCCUUAUUUGAAGUGAUCAAUCAUUCCUUUGUACGUAAGCUGGCACCUAACGAAUUUCCUCAUAAACUCUACGUCCAGAAUUACACAUCAGCUGUGCCAGGCACGUGCCUGACUGUUCGAAAGUGGCUUUUUACGACAGAAGAAGAAAUCCUCUUAAAUGACAAUGACCUUGCUGUUACGUACUUCUUUCAUCAGGCUGUCGAUGAUGUGAAGAAAGGUUAUAUAAAAGCAGAGGAGAAAUCUUACCAGUUACAGAAGCUCUAUGAACAAAGGAAGAUGGUCAUGUACCUCAAUAUGCUAAGGACUUGCGAGGGCUACAAUGAGAUCAUCUUCCCCCACUGUGCGUGCGACUCCAGGAGGAAGGGGCACGUUAUCACGGCCAUCAGCGUCGCGCACUUCAAACUGCACGCUUGCACUGAAGAAGGGCAGCUGGAGAACCAGGUAAUAGCAUUUGAAUGGGAUGAAAUGCAGCGGUGGGACACGGAUGAAGAAGGAAUGGCCUUCUGCUUUGAGUACACGCGAGGCGAGAAGAAGCCCCGAUGGGUUAAGAUCUUCACGCCGUAUUUCAAUUAUAUGCACGAGUGCUUUGAGAGGGUGUUCUGCGAACUCAAGUGGAGAAAAGAGGAGUAUUAGUUAAGAGACUGAUUAUCCCCUGUGAGCCAGAACAUCCGCCCAGUGAAGCUGGCUCCUGGAUGGUGAAUAGGCUGUGCAGAAGAGCCCUGCUUCUUCCUUUGUCUAGAGGGCGGACAUUGGCUCCAGGCUCCCGUCUCUCAUGACUUCACGGACCGCUUCUGUCUGGUGUUUUUGUUUUUAUCACAUCACCCUCCAUGUUACUCCUGACCCAGGAGGGCAUCUGUCCUCAGUUUUAGCCGUCUGACUGGAUGAGUCAUGAUAGUCUUUUAGACUAACCAGGAAUGUCUAUGUGGGGAAAUUUUUUUUGCAGCUGCUGUCUGUAGGUGUCAGUGCCAGAGCAGAACUUAGAAGACUCGAAAGCUUAGCUUCUUAUUCUCAAAUAAAAUCAGAGAGCUGAGAGAUACAGUCAGUAAUAUGAACAUCUAUGUUUUUACUAUAGUAGAAAGAACAUCGGGGCUCUAGGAAUUAUAUCUAGGCUUUCUCCUAGCUUUUUCCUGCAAUUUUGGGUAACUCAACCUCCUUAGAUCUGAGUUUUCUCUUAUAUAAAGCAGGAAGACAGAGCCAGAUAAUGAAUGUCCAGGGUCUUCCCAGCUCUGAAAGGCUGUGACUCUAGGGAGAAUGUCAUCUCAGAGGACAGGACCAGCCACACAGGGAGGUCCAGUCAUCCAGCUCUGUUGGAGGGCUGUCUGCAGGGCAGAGGAGAUGUGUCUCCUCGGUAACUCUUUGCCUUUUUUUCCUUUCAGAACAUUUUCCAAAUGACGAGGUCACAGCAGAGGGAGGUAGCCACCUAGCCUUUCCUUCUCUGUUUCCCUUCUCCUUGCCCUCAUCCCUUCUUCCCUUUCAUCUCCCAUGUCAGACAGAGUAACCAUUAACACAAAAGAAGAGAAAAAGGAAAAAAGUCGCUAUGUUCGAAAGCCCUAAGCUAAAAAUUACCUCCCUGUGGAGUUCAUGUCUCUGGCACUGAGCUGGUGGGGCAGCACGCUGGUUAGCGCAGAGGUCACUGAGGCGAGGCAGGAGUAAGCCCACAGCUCACCAAAGGUAUCUUCGUCCUCUCACUGGGCCUCAUACCAACAGACGAGACUCCUUGUACUAUAUUUUUAAAACUGGAACUAUGAAUUUCAUCCAUUUGCACUGUUCAGACAUAUAUAUGUAUGUAUGUAUGUAAAAAUUAUAUAUACACAAAUUAGCUGCACGUAUAUACAUAUAUAUUUCUUUUUAAAUUUCAUAUUGAUGGCAGUACCUUUUUUAGCUUGUGUUUUUACACACCUUUCACUAGUCUCCAUGACCUCUCUCUUGCUCUCUUUAUUUUGAAACAAACUUAAAAAGGAAAAAAAAAAAAUUACAGGGAAAAUACCUCUCCUCAUGAAGGACUCGAAAAGUUUACAACCUGCUUGGGUUUUUUUCCCCCUUUUUUGUAUCGAGUACAGUUUAUGGCUCCUGGUUUGCCAUGGAGUCUGAGGAGCAAGGAGUGUACAGUGUCUUUAUCUCCAGGAGGGUGCUGCGGAGGCCUGUUUCAAGACCACACAGCUCUAGGAGUGCUGUCUUGAUUUCGUGGUGGUUUUCCUGGCCCUGCUCUCCCUCUCUGGCUUGUCUGGUCUGCUCUGCGUCACCCGCCUGUCCCCCGGUCCCUCGCGCGCUUCCUUCUCCUGACCUCAGCUCAGGAGGCCACGGGGCCCGCAGCCCCACAGCAGUCGCUCCCCGUCUCCUGGCUCUUCUGUGGAGGCACAGGUAGCUUAGGGACCAGGAGAAAAGUUGGUAUUUCAGGCACAAAGGUUGGACUACAGAGGGAAAGGAAGGAAGCAAUGCCCUGUAUGUAAAGGGGUUUUACCUCCUCCAUUCCGACCAGAACCACCCGUGACUUACAUUCUCUGUGGCUUCUUUAAACAGCUGUGUUUGAGAGAGUCAAGGCUCAGGGAAACAGAAUGGGUCUGUGAUCUCUGCCAGCCAAACUGUUGGCCUGCCCAUGCCAGCCGAGGCCGAGGGAGGAGUGUAGUGUGACACUGAAGGAGAGGCUCUGGAACUCAUAGUUCCUCGUCUGACUGUAGUUAGACCUUUGGAAACCUCCGAACUAAAUCCGAGGAGCGGGCCAGGGCUGACAGGGAGGGCACCGUCCUCAGGCCCUGAGCUCUGCAGCUCUAGGUCAGGCUCAGGUGCAACUGAGACACAUCCUGAAGCUCCCUCUUACUUCACCUUCCAAGAAGAAGGCUCCAGAGACUUCUAAACAGCAUCCUUGGCCCUGUCCCGCAAGGAGGCAGUCAGAGGUGGAGGCAGUCAGCGUCGCUGAGCAGUGCUGUAGCAGUGGGAAGUCUCCCUCACCCCUUGGCCUUGUAGAUUGUGAGGCCACUUUUCUGUCACACCAGGGAGGUGUGGAGUCACACAGGACACCUUGUCCUGCCUACCUCCAGGCCCAUGGAGUGCAGUGUGCCGCUUAGGGUCGAAGCUGCAGAGGUGAUCCCUGUCUUGAAGGCUGUGGCCCAUCUAGCUGUUGGCUUCAGUAAACUGAAUGAAAGUCCGAGGCCCUGGGAGAGAAGAGCUGUGUUGACUUCCCACUCCGGGGUGCUCAGCAGGCCUUUGGUGCUGUGGUACAACAGUAGCCUGCCCUGUUCUCUCCGAAUGGGAAGGGAUGGACAAGUCGGGGGUGCACAACAGGCAGCCCAGAGAGUGAGCCUGAGUGGUGGCUGGCCUGUUGGCAUCGUCUGUGUGGGAGCGGCCUGUGCUGACAGAGCAGCCAGCUGCAGCAAGGGGAUGGGAGAGGAGGGAGACCCCAAGGGAUAGCGCCCCCCUCCUCUUUGGCCCACAGCAGGCUGUGGCUGUGAGGUCCACGGGAUCAAGCCUUUCUUUGCAUGAAACAGUGUUAGAUGUAUCUCUCUUCCUUCCCCUUCUGCCUGCACUGCCUCUCUCUAAUCCCGGACAUUCCUUAGUCCUGGCUUCUGCGAGGGAGACAUUCACCCAGUCCAGUUUCACCCAGUGUUGUUUGUCUCUGGGAAGCUUCUCCCUCACCCUGCAGGGUCUUCCUGAUCUCCCACUGUCGCCUCCACACUGGGUUCUGUUCUUGGGCACUAGCUCAGAGCUUUUGAAUGGAACAGGAAGUGUCAGGGUCCUGAGGAACCCACCCUGUAGGAGGUCUCCCUGGGGCUGCGCCUUCUCUUGGAGCCUGGCCUCUCAGUGCUUUAUCCUGUUCCCUGCUCUUUGCCCUCCCCUUGCCUUGGGCCAAACUCUGCACUGCUACAGGUACCUGAGUGCUCAGGACAGCUCCUAGGCCUGCACAGAGCGCUUGGGGAGGAAUGAAAGAAAUAGUCCAGCAGCCUUACUCAUGUCUGGCCCAUUUAGUUUCUUCCUCUAGUUACCUGCCCAGGAGCUUUGAAUUGUCCCGUCUUGGAGCUCCAAACCUAAUGCUUGGAGCAGCAAAAUAGGCCAUUGAUGAGGUGACCCUUCUCUCGCUCAUCUCAGAAUCUGCCAACUUUCAGGCCUAGCUCCUAGAAGACAGCUUUCUUAAAGGGACCUGCAUAUGCUUGAUCUGAAGCCUGCAGGCCUGGAAGAGCGGUGUGCCCGCCCGCCCUCCUCUCCUCAUGCCCAGUGGUGGGGUGGCCUCGGCACAAGCCGUUCCUUUGCCAGCUUUCUGGAUCACCUUCGCUUCCUUCUGCUGGAAGGGUGGUGUGGCCAAAUGCUAAGAGACAAGAGAGUGCAGACAGGGUGGACCCAGGGAGUGCUGCUUUAGGGCCCAGCUUCCAGUUCCACCUGCUGCCUUCCUCUUGGUCCAGACUCGAUUCGAGGGAGUCCUACGGCCUCUCCUGCUGGGACAGCAUUAGCUCUUGCGCAGCAGCUGAGGGAGUAGAAAGCUUAAGUCUCGGGAGGAACGACAGAGCUGAAGACAGGAGUGAGGUGGGCUGGGAGCGCUGGGCCUACGGCUAACUCAGACACAGUUUGGUUUCAGGCUCGCUUUUAAGCCAGUGAGCUGGGUUUCAGGUUUUCCCAGGCCAUGCACACUUUUAAUUUAUUUGAGAGAAACUCUUAAUUGUAUUUUCACUGCAGUAUCUUGUAUUUUUUAUUUGUGAUUUAAGAAAUGUGAAGAGGAAAUACACAGACACAUAAUGGCUAACAGCGUUCCUUUCAUUCCUUGUUGUAGAGCUAACCACUCUAAAAUUGUUUGCUAAUGUCACUUAGUGUAAUUAAUUGUAACAUAUUCUUUCAAAUAAAUCGAUUUAUUGAUGAAACAA